AUGAAUACCUUCACGUUACCAGACAUCAGUACGCUCCCCGCACUCCGGCAUUCGGAUUGCAACCAGAUCCUCGAUACACUCUUCGAGCCUUCCAAACACUUACAUUCUCUCACGGAAUCACUACUUCUUCAGCAGAAAUGCAUUUCAUACGAAGCCUUGAUCGACCUGGUCAGGGCAAGGCUCAUCUCUCUCGCUUCCUCCAAAGCGCCUGACGACCGAACUGUACUCCUGGAUAUUCUAGGCUCGCACCCACGACUUGGGGAGAAAGCAUCGGAAGAGCGGCCUCUGAGCGAAUUUAGCAAGGCGGAACAGGCGAACCUGAGCAUGGCGGGGCAACAUGGAACGGCUCAGCAUCUGAGCCUGUUGAAUCGCGAAUACGAGGAGAAGUUCCCAGGUUUGAGAUAUGUCACUUUCGUAAAUGGUCGCGGCAGAGACAUGAUCAUGGAGGAAAUGCGCCGGCGGAUCGAGCGGGGUGAUAUUGAGCUGGAGAUAAUGGAAACUAUACAGGUGAGUCUCUGGAUAUGUUCCCAAAAUCAUCAUGCGCGUUUCUUUUGUGGGGAGUCUUCUUGA